AUGACGGACCCAACCAAGGCGCACGAGCCAGUCUAUUUCUGGAAAGAUUUGGAUGGCGAGACGGGCUGGCUCUGUCAGUGGUACUACCACCCCUUUCGAGACGACGAGGUCCCGGAGAGGCUCUACUACACGGCCGAGCACUACAUGAUGUACCAAAAAGCAAAGCUCUUUGGCGAUGAUAAGACGGCCGCCGAGAUACUGCAGACCAAGCCGCCUGGCAAGGCAAAGGCCCUCGGCCGCAAAGUCCCCAACUUCAACCAGGCCACCUGGGAGGCCAAGCGCGAGGACAUAGUGCGCAAGGGCAACCUGCUCAAGUUCAGCACGCCGCCCCCCCCCCGAAUGCUGCUGCGCACGGGAGACCGGGAGCUGGUCAAGGCGAGUCCGUUUGACCGCGUGUGGGGGGUCGGGUUCAGGCCAGAGGAGGCGCCUGCGAACCGUGGCCAGUGGGAGUUGAAUCUGCUCGGCAAGGCGUUGACUGACGUCCGGGCGGCUCUCUGGGAGCAGGAAGAGAUGAGAUGA